AUUGAUUAUGGGUCGAUGUAGGCUAUAGAACAGUCAUUUGAUGGUUUUCAGUCACAUACUUAAGCAGCAUAAGAUUCCUCUGCCAUAAAUUGAGCAGAGCAGGAUGAACAUGUCUACAAUUUGUCCAGUACACUCGAGUCUACCUCCAGUGACAUGAGCGCUCGACCACGAAGCCGCUGGAGUGCGCGCUCUUCUUGCAGAAUAGCUCUGCAGUAAGGAUUUUGGAUGUAUAAGCCUUCUUAUUGAAUAUAUAUUUAAAGAAAAAGUGAAUCUGCAGGAAGCAAUCAUAAACUGAUCAAUGAAUACGGUUUCAGAACUACUAUGAACCGAACCUUUUGGGAAAAGCAGAGCGCGCGGAUGCAGGCGGCACUAGGUUGGCACAAAUUAUUUAUAUCCACACUGACUGAUAUACAUUAUUGUAUAUUUUGGAAGCCAUAGAAAUACAUUUAUUAAUGUCUACAUUCGUUUUUGCCACGUAUUAUAUUACAAACACCUCAAUGCAUACUUUCUAUUGUAUUAUUAAACAUAAAACUUUUUUUUUUAUCUUCCAAGUAUAAUUUAAAGAAAUGACUAAUGUUACUGUCCCCACCACAACAAAAUACUUAAAUAUAUGUAAUUUUGUUCUUAACGUUUAAUUUAAUACUAUAUUAUUAUAAUGUUAAUUUAAUAGUGUAGAAUUCCAUUCAUUCCUAUGGAGGACUGCUCCUACUUUCAAGCUAAGUUGCUUCGCAAUAUUAGGUAUUAUUAGGUAUAAGUAGCUGUAGUCGGUUAUACUCACUCUGCAGUAAAAGUAGUCAGAAGCAUGCACCUGCUAUGCACGCAUAUUGUUGUUGAACGUGCGCCAGUCGUUAUAGCACUCGAAGAGUGUUGUGCAGUCAAUAGUGGCUAAAUGCAAAGCCUACUGUAUAUAGGUUGGUCCAUGCAAAUAAUGUUGCUAUGGGUUGCUAUGGAGAUAUUGCAGGACUUGGUGAAAAUGCAUUGCUUAAUCCAUUUAAUUGGCAUUUAGAAAUCAAUGUACUUAAAUAAAAUGUGUAAUUUGCAGAUGUCUUUAUCAUCAUGAUAUAAGGCCUGGCCUAUUGCCCUGUAUUGUGUGGUGGUUUUGCUAUCGCCAAGGCUCAGAUGUGAGGGGAGCGCUCACCGUCUGCUACUCGUUUCCAUUGGAACGGACAAAGGCUCCGAGGGCUGGCGGAGGAUGCCGAGCUCAGGCCGGAAGAUGUCUGUUUCUAAUGUUUGGCAGAUUAAAUAGCAUAUCGCCAUGCAGCAUAGGACUGUUGUGACAGACUGAUGAAGGCGAUAGUGGUUUGCGAGAGGACGCAGGCGCCACGCGGCGAUUGAUAAGAGUAUGUGGGGUUCUGGUUUCGCCACGUCCCGACCUUGUGUGGUUGAACUCGGGCGGAAUCACAGCGUGCCCUUGGGGAUAUGUGGUUCCGACGAGCCACACUCUCUUUAUGGCUAUAUCGUCGCAAUCCCUUUACGGGACUACGGUGGGAUCAUGUCGGGAUUGGGGUCGGAUUCCUGGUGGAAGAAGACCAUCUAUAUCACCGGCGGUGCCCUCCUCGCCGCUGCUGCCUAUCUAUUACAUGAGCUGCUCGCCAUCAGGAAGGAGCAGGAGUUGGACUCUAAAGAUGCCAUCAUCCUCCAUCAGUUCUCAAGGCCAAACACGGGGGUCCCCAGCCUCUCACCAUUCUGCCUCAAGAUGGAGACCUACCUACGCAUGGUUGACCUGCCCUACCAGAACUACUUUGAUGGGAAGCUCUCUCCACAGGGCAAGAUGCCUUGGAUUGAGUAUAACCGGCAGCAGGUGUCGGGGCCAGAGUUCAUCAUUGACUUCCUGGAAGAGAAGCUGGGCGUCAACCUCAACAAGAACCUCAGUCCCCAGGAAAGAGCCGUGUCCCGGGCUGUCACCAAGAUGGUGGAGGAGCACCUCUACUGGACAAUAGCCUAUUGCCAGUGGGUAGACAACCUGGAGGAGACCCAGAAGAUGCUGUCAGUCACUGGUCCUCUCGGUGACAUGCUAAAGUGGAUCCUCAGCCACCUGAACAGCAGCAUGGUGCAAAGGGAGAUGUACGGCCAUGGCAUCGGACGCUUCUCCAAGAAGGAAGUCUACAAGCUGAUGGAGAAGGACAUGCGCACGCUGGCCGAACUGCUCGGAGAUAAGAAGUACUUCAUGGGACCUAAAAUGUCGACAGUAGACGCUGCUGUGUUUGGUCACCUGGCCCAGGCCAUGUGGACACUACCUGGCACACAACCUGAAAAGCUCAUCAAAGGCGAGCUCGUCAACUUGGCCAUGUUCUGUGAGCGCAUGCGGAGAAAGUUCUGGCCUGAGUGGUUUGUGAACAUAGAGGACCUGUGCUAUGACGGAGCAGACACUGACAGCAGCGAGGGCUCUCCUACAUGCCUGAUGGACUUUGGCCUGUUCUCCCGGACAGACACCAUGGAGGAGAGUGAAGCCUCUGACAAACACACACACUCACACACUCACUCCCCCAAUACGGACCACUCGCUGUUCGACUCAGACGUGGGCACGGGCUCGGAGAACGAGCCGCAGCUCAAGUGUGACCCUCCUAGUCCUGACCCCCCUAAUUCUGCCCCUUCCAACCCCAGUCCCAAACCUCCCAACCCUUGACCCACCCUCAUCCAGUGAGGUGGGGUGGUUUUGGCUGAGGCGGUCAGACGGCCGGAACGUCAAACUAAUCAGGGCGCUGCUAUCUGGAUUGGCACCAUAGAGCCGCGGAACACAGAGGCACAGUUAUCGCUUCUGCUGCUGCCUCUCCCUCUCUUUCAGAGAUCUGUGCUCACACAUGGAGGCACAGUUAUAUUCCAUGAUGACUGAAAACUAUAUCCUAACAAUGUAAUAUCAGUGCACUCAGACAAACUGGGUAUUUGUAUGCAGAGCGUAUAAAUCGAACCCCAUGUUACAUGCGUUGCAUUAUGAUUUCCUCACCCCGAGUGAUGGUGACAUUGCCAACAUGUCACAAUCACAGACGUUGCCUUAUUUGUGUCAGUUGUCCCAGGGUACAGGCUAGCGUGAAACAUUUUGAGAGAGAUUGUUGGUGAAAACAGGUGUGUCUGUCCAUGGAAUACAGGCAACACGGCUGUUUCUUAGAAAUGUAACUAGUGAAAGAGAGACCAUGAUGAUGGUGAAGGUAGCAGAAACACGAAAUCACUGGAUUUUAGAGAACAGGGGUCAGUAAUUUGCUAAGACUUGGACACAUAUUGUAAAGUGAUAUAUGUAUAUAUAUAAAGAGUCUGCUUACUAUGGCGGCUGCUCUAGUCUGUGUCUUACUAACGGUGGGCUAUUCUACCAGUAGUCCUAUGGUUUGUGGCUUGCUGCUGAGCAUCAGCCACAAUCACUGGCCUUUCCAUCAACCAUUUGUGUCUAACUUCACUCUAGUAAAGGAGAUUGGGAUGGGCAAAAGGAACUGGAGAUGUAACACUCUGGUACACUUACCAGUACAGGCUGGUUGUAGAGCCGAAUCUUGUAUCUCACCACUAGAGGGUGCUCUAUCUAUACAUUCAUCCUGCUGUCUAUUUAGCUCUAUGGUCUCGAGUCCUGCAGUUUUUGCCACUUGGAAUGUUAAAGGCCCAGUGCAGUCAAAGUGUGAUAUUCCUGUGUUUUAUACAGUUGAAGUUGGAAGUUUACAUACACUUGGGUUGGAGUCAUUACAACUAGUUUUUCAACCAUUCCACAAAUUUGUU